ACAACCCUUCUCUUCCAGCUACUACACGGCAGCACAGCCUGGGGAACAGCAACAUGUCAGCCCAAGACGCCCCUCCACGGCGCCCAGCGAAGAGGAACGCAUCGACAGCCGUCAGAAGCAGCAAACCGCGCGAUCCGGCCAUCGAACGGGCACUGCAACUGUCGACCUUUGAGAGCAACUACAGUACUGAAGAGUUCAUCGGGACAUUGAGUGAAAAGCUCAUUGCCGAGUCAAAGGCGAAUCCUGGGCCUUUCAAUCCGACGCCGUUCUUGCAGACGUUUUCGCCGGCCUUGGAUACACUACUUGAAUUACGGAAGCAAGUCACGGAAAGGACAAAGAAGAUGGAGACAGAUGUAAGGAGGGCAGAGCGAGAGUAUGGUAAGAGAUUGAGAGAACUUGACGGUGGUUUCGAGGCUAUUGGCAAAUCAUUCUCCAACUUGGAGAGCAAGGUAACGGAUGUUGGACGUACAGCUGUUCGGAUAGGUGAACAGCUUGAAAAUUUACACCAAACGCGUUCUACUGCCCAAAAUACAUCUCUCCUGCUUUCAUAUUACCUCUCUCUCACUCACCAAACAGCCACGACAGGCGAAAAUACUAGCCCCUUGGAGCAGCUUUUUGCAACACGUACCUCUAGACAAGGUCGAGAGAAACUGGCCGUCGUGUUGAGAAGGUUAAUGGCCAUCUCCAAAGACGUAGCAGAUAAUGCGGCUACGUUGUUAUCUGACGCCGAAGCUGGCGCGGUCCCCAAAGAAGUAACGAAUGGAGAUGGAGAAUCACAAGAACCUAUUGUCAAUCAAAAAGUCAUUUCGAAGCGGAGGAUGGAGAAGGAAAAGGCGGAGAAAGUGAGAGAUGAGAUUGAAGGGUACUGUGAGAGGUUUGAAAAGGAGCUUCUAAAGCUGUUUGACAGAAGUUACAGGAAGGGUGAUCCUAGAAUGAUGGCUCAUUGCGCGAAAACACUUCAAGAGUUUAACGGAGGAGCUUCAUGUAUCCAGAUAUACGUCAAUCAACACGACUUUUUCAUUAAAGAUCACAGCCAGAUUGAAAAAGAUGAGCAAGACGGAGUCCGCGUUGAUAUUUGGGCGACAAUUGGCAACCCUGACGAACCGCCUCCCACGACUGAACCUGGGUUGGAAGCACUCUGCAAGUCCAUUCGCUCGACUAUUAGCCAAGAAUCACAGAUCAUGAAAGCUGUCUUUUAUCCCAACUCGAGCGCUGUUAUGGAAGGUUUCUUACAGCGUAUCUUUGCCCAAGUCAUCCAACAGCAUUUGGAAGGUCUCGUCCAGCGGGCAUCGUCCAUCUCUACCCUUGCCAUCCUUCGUAUUCUCCACCUCACGCACUCCAUCUGUUCAUCUCUUGUCGAAGAUCUCAAGACAUAUGACUCUACACUCACUACUCCGCCUGCCAGCUCUUCAAGAGCACCGGCACCUGCUGGUUCCGGUGGAUCAUUUUCCGCUUUUCUGGACCGUGCUUUGGAAGAAAUGUAUGUGCCUUGGUUAGAAGGAACCAGAUAUCUUGAAUGCGAGAGUAAAAACUUGGUCGAGCUCUAUGCUGGAUUACUCAGUCGCUUUACACGUUAUCAUGAAACCGUUUUGCAAGCCAAACCAAAUUCCCUUCUCAACAAGGUCGUCCAUCAACUCGCAUCCAGCAGUUCGGCUGCCACAACAUCUUCCACCGCCCAAACCGCUGCUGCUGCAAUAUCCAAAUACGCCAACCUCUUCACCUCAUCCACUAAUAAUCCCAAAACCGGUACUGCGACGCCUGUCCUCCCUCCAUCAUUUCAAAAGCCCGGUCUCGCAGGACAAAUGCGUGGUGCGAAUGGCGCGGACACGGCGACGUGGGGUACAGGUACUUCCACGCCUGUCAUAAGGUCCGUAACUGGGCAAGAGCUGAAAGGAGAUUUGGUGAACAAGGGCUUGGAAGAUAAAGUCUGGUCGACAGAUGGUAUCUUGGCACCAACCAUGGCUGAGAGGAUGUUGAAAUGGCACGCUGAGGCGGUGGGAAGAGCUGUAGAACUGAGUAAUAGUGGUGAUGUCGGUAAGAAUGCUUUGGCGCUGCUAAAAGUGUUGUCCGAGGCUAUCGGGCGGUCAUUCAUCGAGACAGCUCUUGAUUCCACCCUUGCGAGACUGGAGCAGCAAGAUAACAAAACUGAACCGGAUCUUCAGCCCCUCGCAGUACUCAAACCGGCGGACCAGAUUUGUCACCUGUGGCAACGCUACACUACAACGGCUCUGUUCCCUUUGGCUGGCUCGAAUGUGCCUAUUAGGAGAGAAAUGACCACACUCAACACACACAAUGUAGUGAGGAUGGAGGGCAAAGCGAAUAAUGUUAUUCAAAAGGCGAUCGACAACGUAAUUGGUUGGCUAAGCUAUCUCCUCACCAAGCAAAAGAAGAAUGAUUACAAGCCCAAGAACGACGAGCUUUCUUUUGCGCGGACAAUUACCGAACCAUGCGAACUUUGUUGCGAGUUUUUGGCUACAGUCAGAGAUGCUGUGAAUGAGGGGCUGAGCGGAAAGAACGCAGAGGCUUUCUUGACAGAGAUCGGAGUUUCUUUCCACACAUUAUUACUAGAUCACUACAAGAAAUUUCCGGUAAACCCGACUGGUGGCUUGAUGUUGACAAAGGAUCUUGCCUCGUAUCAAGAUGUCAUGGCUUCUUACAGUGUACCUGCUAUCAACGACCGCUUCGAUAUGCUUCGUCAGCUCGGCAAUUCAUUCAUCGUCCAACCCAACGUCCUCAAAUCUUAUCUCACCGAGUCUCAUCUCGGCCGCAUCGAUGCCCGCUUACUACGCCCUUACCUUGCCCAACGUUCGGACUACUCCCAGUUCUCUCGUUCACUCCAACUCGAUGACGGCUUGUCUGCAGGUGCAGCUUCCGAUGAUACAUUUACCACCUCUCAUGCGCCCGGUCAUGGCCAUGGGUUAUUCAAAGGUACGAGACUGAGUACCAUGAGUGGUGUUGCUGGUGCGGGGAUGGGCAAAUUGAAAGAUAUGUUGAAAGAACUUGAUACCCUGUCACCGGAGGAGGUUUCUGAUGAGAGGAAAGCCCGAGCCAAUGCUGCCAGGGCUUCAGCGGCUUACCAACCUAUGCCCAUGUUUUACAUGCACUAGAAAAAUUGCAAUCAGUCGAGUUGUAUAAUACAUGUAUGAUUUUGUAUAUGCAUGCAUCUACUCA